AUGUCGGACUACGUUCCGCUGGCAGCCCAGGCGCGGGUGAACCUGACCGGUGACGCCACAACGCCGGCCGGCGUCCGCCCCACCACCAUUCCGGCAGUGACGCUGCGUCUGAUUUACGAUCUAGAUGCGUUGGCUAAAAUUCCCGUCGACCCUGACAUUCCGCCGCCACCUGUAGGCGACCCCCAAAAGCGACGUCCUAGCCAGCCGGAGGAGGACUCUUCGUCUAGCGAUGAGGAGGAGGAACCCCAGCCCGGCCCGGGACCUAGACGCCAACGUCGGCCGCUCACUCGAGCCGAGAGGGAUCGAAGAGAGAUAGAGGAGGUGUUGGCCGAGGACGAACUCGAGGAUAGGCUGAACGCGAGCGUCCCGCGAGGAGAGUUUACGGCGGCUGAGUUUGUGGUCGAGGAUCUGAAGAACAGCGACAUCGAAGUGCUGAUAGCCAAUGCCCUUCGCCACACGGAGACGCUCGAGGAAGGGUCGUCGCUGCGGCAGUACAUAUCGUGGAUACUAGACUACAAGCGGUGGGCGGUGGAUGCUCUUCCGUCAGAAGGUGACGAUCUGGAGCCGGGGUCCAUACUCACUGACAAGGACGAAAUCGGCAAGCACAUCGGCGAUGAUUUGGGCGAACGUUGGCACACCGCCCCGCGCCAGUUCAUCUGGUUGCACGGCCCGAGGACCAACGAGCCUCGAAUUCGCGCUUACGUCUUGUUCAGAGCGCGAGAGACCCUCAUCGAGGCAAUGAGGAGCGAAGAGGGCAACACCGCCAUGCGCACGCAGCCGAACAAGCCUUGCACGGUCAACAUGCUACUCGGCCGCAUCAAGGCCCUUCAGAUGGCGGCCAAGAUAGAGGCGACCCUGUACAAGGAGAAGGAGCUGCAUAUCAUGCAGGACAUCUCGGUCGUCCGCACGGAAGUGCGCGCGGAAGAGCUCGCACAAGGGCCUGAGGCGAAUACGGCCGCGGUGCACUUCAUCCAGACCAUGCUGGAUGCACGCCGCAUUGCGGCCGAGGACCUCGCGGUGAAACUCGUCCGCACUCCGUGGCACCCUCAGGUCCAGGCUUCGAGGCUUUGUCGGGAUCGCAACUUUCAGGCGUGGGCGAAGGACAUCGAGAAGAUUGACACCGAGAUGAUCGCCAAGCGCCGGUCGCCGAUCCCGACGCAGCCAGCUGUCGACCUUCUGAACGAGACGCUGGCCUACGAGAGGCACAAAGCGACGCUCAAGCAGAUGAAGGUGGAGAAGGAGCUCGAGGAGGCGCGUGCUGCUAUCGCGGCGAGGGACGCCGAGAUCUCCCGGCUGAUGGAGGAGCUCAAGAUCUCCGAGGCACGUAGGGCUCCAGCGCCACAGGCGCCUUCUAGGCCGACGACCCUGGAAGAGGAGGCAGCUGCGGCCGCUAAGCAUGCUCAGUUGAACGCCGACGCUCGCUACGAGGCCCUGGUUGUCGACCCAUGGAGAAAGGCCGAGACUGUGGCAGAGGCCUGGCGCUUCUGGAACUGCCCCACCACCACGGACCGCCGGCGUCUCUGCGACAGGAUCAACGAGCCAGGUUUCAUCGGGCGGCACAGCCUCCUGGGCAAGUCGUCGGCCAACGCAAAACAGGGUGAGAUGCGCCGAAUGAGGAGGGCGAUGGAGGCCGUGCGCCACUUCCGCGCGUCAGACGGAGAGGCCGACACCGCCGCCGUCAUCAAGAAACUCGACGAGCUCGCUGCGUCGCGAAUUGUGACCUUCUGCGAUGCUCUGAAGAUCAUCGACGCCGACGCGCUACCGAUACGCACGGAGGGGAACCUGGGCAUCAAGGGGCUUUCUAAGGGUGAAAAGCCCAAGCUGACGGUUGCUUGGGGACUGGUGGCGGCGGGAUACAUGACGCACAAGUGGGGCGAGGACAUGUUCGCGACCACGUGGGAAGAGAAGAAAGCUGUGGCGGCCCAAGCGGCCGCGGAGCAGGCCGCUGGAAGACCGCCGCCGCCGCCGACGAAGACGUCCAAGCGUCGGAAGCCGGGCUGA